AUGACGAUGGUUAUUGAAAACCAGAACCGCCCGUAUGGCGGCAUGAGCUUCGACAAUGUCUACCACCACACUCCACCACAAUUCACAGACCCUUGGGCUGCUGCACACACAUCCUCCCACUCGACUCCCCCUGUAUACGCGACUGCCAUGGGUAAUGGUGCUGCUCUACCAAUUAGCUCCGUGAAGGAGGAAGUUGGUCGAACCGCACCCAUGUCCAUGCCAUACCCAAGCAUCCCUGUAUCCGCGCCCUCAAUGGUGCCAGCCAGCAACUACACACCCUCCGGCUACGGCCCAGAGGUCAUGGCUAUGCAACAUGAGGUGCCUCGCACUACUUUCGAGCAGCCUUCAUCCUACACAACCGCUCCCCCCAUGAGCAGCUUCGCUCCUACCAGCUCCUACCCCGUCAGCUACGCUCCAAUUCACCCUGCUCAAUCCCAAGAUGCUCGUCGCAUGUCUCACACAGAUGCUCGCGUGGGCUCUACUCAACCCCAAGCAGCUGCUCCCACAUUUGGUGACGCGCUGGAUGCCAGUCGAGGAAUGGUGGCGCUCAGCCAGGAUCUUACCCCCCGUAACAUUUAUGGCCCUCGCGGUGGGCGCGGCUCGACAGAUUCCUAUGGUUUCCCCUCAACUCAUUCCUCCGCCUCCUCAAUUUCCUCGGGUGGAAACUACCCCUACUACAGUGCCUCAGUAGGCUCUGUGGAUUCUUCCGUGACUGAUUACAGCUCAACAACCUCUGAAUCCUAUGAAUCGCGCACACUCCCAAGGCCCACAAGCCUUCUAGCUGGAAGCGCGCCUCCUGGUCCUCAGUCCAUGAUGAGCCAGUUCAGCUCCAAGAUGCCUUCAAACACCCAAAAGAAGCACAAGUGCAAGGUCUGCGACAAGCGCUUCACCCGUCCCUCUUCAUUGCAGACACAUAUGUACAGUCACACUGGCGAAAAACCAUUUGCCUGUGAUGUUGCAGGAUGUGGGCGCCACUUCUCAGUGGUCUCAAACUUGCGCCGACACAAGAAGGUCCACAAGGGCGAGAAAGACACCGGCUCCGCCGACGAAGACGAGUAA